GGCCGCGUCCCGCGAUGUCGCCUCCACUCCCCAUCCCGUGUGCCGGCGUUAUUUCGAAGUGAAGUUCGUUUACAACUGUUACUUUACUAUGAACGAGUAUGAGUUUUCCAGUUUUUAAAGUUGUGUUUUUCUAUAAAGUAUCAAAAACAAUGAAUAAUAACACCAAAUUUAUGUGAGUGAUAAUAGUAUUAAGUUAUAAAUGACUGGCGAAAAUGUUAGCUUGUGUGUGUCAGCCUACGGAGACUGCACUACUUUUCAAAGGAGGUUCCGUCGACAUGGGACCACUCGGUACCAGCAAAGCUCGUCACACUAAUCCUGAUGCCAUUAAAACAAUUAAAAUGAUGCCUAGAACAGUUCGCCGCUUCAGCGAAGACAAAACUAGCUCACCAUCUCUGACAUCAUCACCUUCUUUUAUCAGCUCCUCAGGAAGUCUCCUCAAUUUACGAAAGAUAGAACGAAAAACAAAAUCAACGAAAAUUUUGGUCAAUCCCGUGUGUUCUGACAGCUUAAGCACAAGCGAUGAUGGCCACCCUUCUAAAAAAGGGAGUUCUAAAUGGAACGUAAAGAAAAAACGUCUCAAAUCAGAAAUCAAAAACCGCAAAGAAUACAAAAACGAUAAAGAUGAAUCAAUUAGUCGAAAGGAGGCUAGAGCGGACAAAAAAUCGAUAUCUUGUUUCAAAACGCGGAGUUCCGAGGAUAAGUCACGUUCAGACGACGAUCGUAAAUUCGGCAAAGAAAAUUGUACCAAUGAGAACGUCAGUAACUCGAUUGGUAGACCGAAACCUGACCUAAUAAGGCAUUAUAGAAAAAAUAGUAAAGAAAUAUUAGUAGACGAGAGUACGCGGAUUGAUGAGUCGCUGUUAAAAACUGACCAAUUGGAGACGGGAAAGACUGAUAGAGCUAUAACUGUUAAGGAAAACGAGUUGGGGGAAGGGGUGGAGCUGACGCUGGGCGAGCUGCGCGCGAUGGCGCUUCGGCAGCAGCAGCAAAUUGACACCCAGCACCAGCUGCUCUGUGCUAAGGAGCAGCGGCUGCGGUACCUGAAGCAGCAGGAAGCACGACAGCACCAGGUGGCUGUGGAGGGAGAAAGGUUACGGAGGCUACGCGAACGCGUAGAGGCGCAGGAGUUAAAGCUACGACGGCUACGUGCGCUACGAGGGCAACUUGAACCGAACAAGCAGGCAAAUAUCGCGCUUUCAAGUGACCUAGAAUCGAUACGGGCGCUAUUCAAUGAGAAGGAGAAGGAAUUAUCGGUGGCAGUGGCCAAGGUGGAAGAGCUAACGAGGCAGUUGGAGGAGCUAAGAAGAGGCAGGGUGCAGCCCCAACCCCCAUCAGCCGCUGAGCUGGACAAAUUGAGAAGAGAGCUUAUGUACCGCAACAAACUGAACGAGCAACAAAACGGCAGACUGUCAGCGCAAAGAGCAGCGCUAGGCGCGCGACAGGAGGAGAUGCGCAGUAUCGAUCGGCGCGUCUCCGAGCUGCAGGCGCGACUCGUGCGCAAACGCGCGUUGAAUCGGCAGCUGGCGGCCGCGCAUCGGCAACCACAACCGCAGCCGCAGAGUGUGAACAUUUUCAGGAUCAGCAACCCGACGCCGAUGCAACAGCUGCCUAACUACCCAGCUGGAGGCGCUAACAGUCAACCAAAGAACCAAACGGCGCGAGGCAAUAUCGCUGCCGUCGAGCCGUACAAUCACGUGCCGCAUGCACCGAGUCUCAGCCAUAAUACCAAUUUCCAGGCUAUGAAACAGAACGUAAUACAAAACAACGUGCCAUUAAAGCAGCUGACUCAAAGCGAAAACAUUCAAACUCAAUUGACGCAAGAAGCGCACUAUUUGCAACAGAAGCAAAUUAUUAAUCCCCUGUAUAACGGCUAUCCGCACCUGCAACCGGGUCAUCAAGAUGGGCAGUACCAGGGACAGUACAACAAACCCGAUAUAAACUCUUUUAGUCACGUUCAACAGGGUAUAAGCAACGCAUACGACCAAAAGCCAAUGUUUGAUCAUAUCAACAAGUACCCUGAUUAUCCAAAACAACCUCAAUACAGUCCCAACAGUACAAGUAGCUCUAACAGUAAUCAAACUGGAAAAGAGAUGAAAAUAAACGAGCAAGAGUUCUUACCAGAAUUCGCUGCCAGCAAGUCAGAUCCUAAAUAUCAAACUCUGCCAUACAACACAAAAUUCCCACAAAGCACGAACGGAAAACUAAAACCCGAAGUUAACAGCAAGAGCAACGAGAAUCAAGAUGCUAAGAAUCAGAAUGCAGUAAACGUAAAUCAUAUGACUGUACAUUCAACGCCACUGUCGGUUGUGAAUAAAAGUUUGGCGACUCCUCUAAGUCAAAAUGAAACUACAUAUCAAAAUGAUCACACAUAUCAAUUGCAAAAAUCUGACUCCUCUAGUAGAUGUAGCCAAGAGGGGAAAGAAAACCAUGCAUAUCCACAGAAUAGUAGGCUAAGUCAGAAUAGUGUUCAAAGCAACAGUGACAGCGUCAAGAACAAUGCUAUGAAGAGUCAACAAAAUUCUAUGAAAGGUAGUUCACCGAGUUUGGGAACAACUACAACGUCAACAAGUUCUAUGGGCUUUGGAAAGCCCGUGUCGACCGUGGCUCCAAAAACCGUACAGGUAUCGAGCGGAAAGCCAUCACCCAUAUAUCAGACAUCAUCCACAAAGAUCCAACCAGUCCAACCACAAACAGUUCAAGCACAAUCCGUACCUAAUCAUGUAGCUAGUAACGUGACUUCCCAACCCCAGAUCGUUAGAAACACGGCAUCAGGGCUGUCUAGUUCGGGAAGUAACUUCAGUGGGCAGAACACGUCGCAAAGCCUCGUAUUGUCUCCACCUCAAAGUGCCAGUACACCUUUAUCCACUCCAGAUAUUAGUAGCACAGACAAGUCGCCUAAGCCAGCGCUACCUCCAAAACCAACAAUCAAGACACCGCCACGCCAAUCGGUGAAUAACGAUGCAGGGAAUCAAUCUGGUGACAUACCAAUUAUACCAGUAUCAGACAACAGCAACGACAGCGAGCCUCAAAAUCAAAAGGAGACAAACAACGGGAAUAACAGCAAUGAAAUGAUUAUUAAAGCCCGUCCACUAACUAUUCGUAAACCACCACUAAGUGAACAGCCCAAAUUACGCAACCUUAGUAAUGCAAAGAACGGAAUAAGUGUAAGCAUAAACCGCAGAAUCGAAAUGCCACCAGCAUUCUUAUUCCCGGAAAUGGAUCAUCUGAUUGAUGCGCCUAGUGAAGUACAGAACGGCCUAAAAGAAAAAACGAAACAAAAGGACGAAGUAGAUAAGGCAUUAUUAAUUAACAACAUAUCUUUAAAUAGUGAUAAGCAAGAUGACAGUAAAGAGAACAUUGUGUCAGAUAUAACUGAGCAGAUCAACGCAGUAGAUUUGAACGGUCAGGAUUCUCAGGGGUCUGAGAAUGUACUGAGGCGAUCAAAGAAAGGCAACUUGAAGCAAGGAGGCAAGGCACCGUUGACGAGGCGAGUAAGCUUCGAUCCCCUCGCACUACUGUUGGAUGCUAGUUUAGAAGGCGAGUUGGAACUCGUUAAGAAAACAGCAACACAGGUGCAGAAUGCAAGCGCUGCAAAUGACGAAGGGAUCACGGCUCUCCACAACGCUAUUUGUGCUGGACAUUUCGAAAUUGUCAAGUUUCUCGUGGAACUUGGCUGCGAUGUGAACGCCCAGGAUUCAGAUGGCUGGACGCCUCUACAUUGCGCUGCUUCUUGCAACAAUUUGCCAAUGGUGCGCUUCCUCGUCGACAAUGGAGCGUGUAUUUUCGCAACUACGCUGUCUGACCACGAGACGGCGGCUGAGAAGUGCGAAGAAGACGAAGAAGGUUUUGACGGCUGCUCUGAAUAUCUAUACAGUGUCCAAGAGAAGUUAGGUAUAAUGAAUAAUGGGAUAGUAUACGCAGUAUUCUCCUACACCGCCGCCAGAAGCGACGAGCUGUCUUUUGAGACUGGCGCUAGACUGCAAGUCCUAAGGAAGGGAGACGACAACGAGAGAGAAUGGUGGUGGUGCAGGGACGACCAGGGAAAUGAAGGUUAUGUACCCAGGAACUUGCUUGGGUUAUAUCCAAGGGUAACCACACAGCAGGAAUAAAGAAGGAUAUAAGAAAAGGCUUAAGAUGAUGACCUGAUUACAUUGUAAAUACAACUAGUUCGUUUUAUUUUUUAUGUAUUUAUAUCACUUGUAAUCUAAAUAAAUAUAGAUAUUGUAUACAAAUUUAUCAGAACUAAUAUUUUGUAAAUAUUUAAACACUAAGUGCAAAACGAAUGAGAUUAUAUUGUACAUUUU